AUCUCUUCUUUUCAUCGAACGUUUAACCAGCAGGGCCCUGCCACGUUAGUGAAUGCUUCUCUGACGAAGAAUUAGACGACCGAUGGUGAACUUUGGAAUAUCAACAACCGAAGAUAAUGGCCUCGUCACCAAUUCUCGCCACGUCACUUCCGCAAAAACAGCCGACCACUUCCUCACCCGCCGGUGGAUUCCGCCUUCCUCCGCCGCCAGAGAAACUCGCAAUUCUACUCGACAAAUCGGAAUCGGUGGAUUUAAUCAAGCAAAUCCACGCGGCAAUUCUCCGCCAUAACCUCUUCCUCCAUCCCUACCACCCUGUCCUAAACCUCAAGCUCCACCGUGCAUACGCUUCCCACGGCAAGAUCCGCCACUCGCUGUCUCUAUUUCACCACACGAUCGAUCCAGACUUGUUCCUCUUCACGGCGACGAUCAACACUGCCUCCAUUAACGGCCUCCGUGACCAAGCUCUCCUGCUCUAUGUUCAAUUGCUAUCUUCUGAAAUCAUCCCCAAUGAGUUUACUCUCUCGUCGGUUUUGAAAUCAUGCUCGGCUGAGUCUGUACAAGCGAUUCAUACUCAUGUUCUCAAGUUCGGAUUGGCGCUAGAUCCUUACGUGGCAACUGGUCUCGUCGACGUUUACGCGAGAGGCGGAGAUUUAGUAUCUGCACUCAAGGUGUUCGAUAGAAUGCCUGAGAGAAGAAGCCUCGUUUCUUCCACUGCUAUGAUCACCUGCUACGCCAAGCAAGGGAACGUUGUGGCUGCCAGGGCUUUGUUCGAGGGAAUGCCUGAGAUUGAGAGAGACAUUGUUUCUUGGAACGUGAUGAUUGAUGGAUACGCUCAACACGGGUUUCCCACCGAAGCUCUGAGGCUUUUCCAGAAACUCUUGUCCGAAGGAAACCCAAAGCCUGAUGAGAUAACACUCGUGGCUGCUCUCUCCGCUUGUUCUCAGAUCGGUGCGCUUGAAUCUGGGCGUUGGAUUCAUCUUUUCAUCAAGAGAAGUCGUCGCAUCAUCAGUGUCAAUGUUAAAGUAUGCACGGCUUUGAUUGAUAUGUAUAGCAAAUGUGGGAGCUUGGAAGAGGCUGUUUCUGUGUUUAACGAUACUCCGAGGAAGGAUACCGUGGCCUGGAAUGCGAUGAUCGCUGGUUACGCAAUGCACGGUUAUAGCCAAGACGCGUUGAGAUUGUUUGGUGAGAUGCAGGGAACCGUAGGGUUGCAGGCAACGGAUAUAACUUUCAUAGCAACACUACAGGCUUGUGCUCAUGCUGGUUUGGUGAAGGAAGGUGUCAGAAUGUUUGAGUCAAUGGGACAAGAGUAUGGUAUUAAACCCAAGAUCGAACAUUACGGAUGUUUGGUCAGUCUCCUUGGUCGCGCUGGUCGGUUAAAACAGGCUUAUGAAAUCAUAAAGAAGAUGGAAACUGAGGCUGAUUCUGUUGUGUGGAGUUCUCUUCUCGGAAGCUGUAAACUUCAUGGAGAUUUCGUGUUAGGCAAGGAAAUUGCAGAGUAUCUCAUUGGACGGAACAUCACAAACUCAGGAACUUAUGUUCUUCUUUCGAAUAUAUAUGCAUCGGAGAGUGAUUAUGAAGGCGUGGCGAAAGUGAGGAGCUUGAUGAAGGAGAAAACGAUAGUGAAAGAGCCAGGGGUAAGCGCCAUAGAAGUCGAUGAUAGAGUUCAUGAAUUUCGAGCUGGAGAUAGAAACCAUUUGCAAAGCAGGGAGAUUUAUACACUGUUGAGAAAGUUGAGCGAGCGGAUCAAGUCUUGUGGUUACGUGCCAGAUACAAACGCGGUCUUGCAAGAUCUUGAGGAGACAGAGAAAGAGGAGUCUCUACAAGUUCACAGCGAGAGGCUGGCCAUUGCGUAUGGUCUGAUCAGUACCCAACCAGGAAGUCCCUUGAGGAUAUUCAAGAACCUGCGAGUGUGUUCGGAUUGCCAUACGGUGACAAAACUGAUAUCGAAGAUCACAGGAAGGAAAAUUGUCGUGAGAGAUCGGAAUAGGUUCCAUCAUUUCGUGGAUGGUUCUUGUUCUUGUGGCGAUUUCUGGUAAAACCGAACGUUAUGUAUUGUGGGCUGUACAUGAAAAGCAGGGCCCGUCCUGAUGAAAAGGAGUCAAUUGUUGUUUUAAUGUAUCUGGCAUUUAGUCUCAGUGUCUCUAUCGUAAAUAGAUUGUGUGAAGGUGAAAGCCAAACAAUCUCCAAAGACCGUAAGAACAUUUAUCCUCCAGUGAUCAAAGAACUGCACAUCCCAACGCAGCUCCUGACAAACUUGUUGAAGGAAGCUUUCCCUGAAGAACAAUGAACAAAGUUGUAGGAGCUACAGAACGGCAUUCAACAAAAAUGGGCUGCUUGAAAAAGAUAUGCAAAUUAAGAAACCUUGAGCUGAGAAAAAUCAGAAAGUAGAUUGUUCUGUGGUCUUGCGUUCUCAAUUGACUCCUUGCAACCAUGGUUGUGCAACCGCUAGUGGUUUAUGUUUUCCAUCACCUGAAAGACCGGUUGAGACUUGAGAGCAUUGUCUGUACUUCAACUGGUCGUUGGUUUCCGUACACAUUGAUUUUCAUGGUUACUUACACCUUCCUGGAAUCGAAACAACAACAUAAAAGAAGAAUCGUUUUUUUUGAGUGGUGGACGUUGUUCAAAAAAAAAAAGUUGCAGCGGUCCUUGCAAGAGAUGACCAGACCAGAUCGUAUAUGACUGGAGCCAUUCUGGUAUUCACCGUGGUAAAGGAGAUCAGAAAGUCUUUUCUGAAAGUUAUAUUUGUGGGUGACUGCAAAAACCCAUUUGGUGACAUCAAUAACUUUAUAAUAAAUAGGCAGGCAGGCAUAUGGACCAGAUCUUGUAUCGCAUAAUAUGUAAAAGAUAUUGUCACUCUAUCCUCGGAGAAGUCUGCAUUCUCGUAUAUGUAUGUUAGUAGAGUAGUGAUGAAUGAAGUUGAUAGAUUAGCUAAGUUAGCUUGACAACGUAGAUAGAAAAGAGUUAUUUUAUUCAGAAAAGGAGUAACAUUCUACAGGUAAACCCUCUACAAAACCAGUCACAUUACCGUACAUUAUUAUUACUCUUUUUAUUACUAUUUAACUUCUUUUUACAGUAGAGGUUCGUUCACUGCUAAGCUCUUAAGCAUCAGCCUUCCUUGGCCUUCCGUAGCUAGCCGGGCCACUGCUGUGUGUCAAAGUGGUCUCGAUCGUGUUGAACUUGACCCUUCUUGCUUCUUCGAGUGAGAUUUGGUAACCAUUGGAUAUGACCUCUAAUGGUAAACCUCUCAUGACCGAGGUUCGUCCAGCAAGUGUGUUGAUCUGCGCGUUUGCGUUUGUCUUGAACUCGAUCCACCGGAACUGUUCGCUUGUUGCGCGUUUCACCACGGAGAAACCUUGUGGUAUGGCAAGUAGCUGUCCUUGAGAGACUUGUCCGUCGAACACUCUGUCACCAUUGUCGUUGACCACCUGCACAUGGGCUUCCCCGUCUGUCACGUAGAGAACCGCGUUUGCAUUUGCGUUCCACUGUGGAAGCACCAUCGCGUUCUACAUCCAAUACGGCACGUGCCAAACCGAUUAACAAGAUUAAUCAUAGCCAAACUUUCAAAUGUUAAUCCCUAUUAAAAUGCAGGUUAGUUUUAAAUAGACAAUGUUUAUGGAUGUACUUACUUGACGGAUAGAUCCACGGAGGGCUGAGAGACGAAGGAAGCGAAGGAUGGGGAGAUCGUAGCUGUUCAGAGUGCUGAUGUAACCGAGCUGUGGCUUGUACACGUCGGCAUUAGACGGGUCAUCGAGGUUAUCGGUGCACCUCGCGCUGCAUAUGGUCUCUUCUAAACCGUUAACUUCCUCCUGUGGUCUCUGACUCCUCAAAGGCGGCCUAAUGACACUGAAUGGGCCUUGGACUCGGACAAUGUUUCCACGGUUGUCUUGCUGGUUCUGAAGUUGUUGCGCUGUCCUAACGUCGAUCUUGAAAGCUUUAGCAAGAACCUCUGGUGCGAAGCCAUUAAGGAUGUUCUUUUGUGGCUGUUGUUCUCGUCCUUGUACCCAUACUUGGCCUUGUGGGUUGUUUCCGGCUAAGUGAAAUGGCUACAUAUAAAACAGAACCAUUUUUUUUUGUUAUUCUGUAAUUAUAUAAAAGGUUAUAUGAUUGCUUUUGAGGUUUUCA